CAAGACCAACUUUUGCUUAUGGCCAAGGAUAGAACACUUGUACACUUUGCUGCUGGCCUCGCACCUUUCAUGCCUUUCACCACGUCGACCUGGUCCUCGUAUAUAGAGGCAAGGGGUAGAGGGGGGUGGGGCGAGUCUCGAUCACUCGGGAUGUCCUCGCCCCCGCAGACUUCGAACGCGCAUUCUUCCCAUUUCAAAGCAAUCUUCAAGCUCGUUCAAGUCAGCUCGACUCCAGCAUUCCACAUCUACGACGUAUCGACAAGCCAGCCGGGGACAUUUGACCCGUAUCUCCGCUCUGAAUCAUGUCCCUGAAGAUGCACAAAGGCGGUUCCAUGAGUUUUGCACAGAUCCUGGACGAGGAGUUGCCGGCCCCGCCUCCUUCGUUUGCCGAGAUCAUGAAGUCGUUCUCCAAGGACGGCAACGGUGACGCAAAGACCCUGUUAGCCAUCCUCAGCGCAAAGCAAGCUGAAGAAGAUCGACUGGCAAAGACCUUGGAGAUCCGGAUUCACCUGCUACAAAUGCACGCCCAACGUCUCGGCAUGGUUCCCACGCCGCCUUCUCCUCGAGCGCAGGGGUAUCUCACCCCUCCUCACAUUCCGUCUCACAAACUAUACCCCGCUCCCCAAUCCCCACCAUACGCCAUGCCCACCGCCCGUGAGGCCGCCAACAUGAGGAGACACGACAGCACUUCGUCUUCCGGAUCCGGGUCGAGGGUAGAGCUGUCCGCUUCCAUGUCGCCGGUCUCUUUGACCCUUCCCCCGAUCACCCGACACUCUGAGCAAGACCUCGCUCAACUCCGACUCGCUCCCAUCUCGCCCAAGUCUUUCCCUACCCAUUUCAAAUCUAGCCCGACAUUCACUCCCCUGAGUCUGAAACGUCGACUGUCCGAGGACGAUGACGACAGGUCGGAACGAAGCAAGCGGGUCCGAUCUACUACCUUGUCCGACGUGGAAGCUGCUACGGGGUACGGGUCGAGGAAAUCUUCUUCCCCAUCGUCAGUCGUCAGCGGGAGGAGUAGGAGUUCGUCCGGCGGUCGGAUGACCAAUGGAUUGGAGAUGUUGCUCAAUGCGGCCGAGAUGGAGAAGAAGUAAAUGAGGCUGGAUACCAUGUUAUGCGGUUCUCUCUUUUUGGGAUUUUGGGUUCUCAACCUUAACGACCUAUUUAACGAUCAACCAUACACGGCUUUGAAGUAGUUUAACAGUUGUACUCGCUCCACCGGGCCAUGAGAGCUCUGUGGGGUGCUCAUCGAACAUACCCAUAUCGUUGUACACCAUCCUAUGCAAACGUCACCGCCUGUCUUCCUCUCUCGAGCUCUCUCUUCUUCCGCUUGCUGUGCAUCGGCUCGGUUCGUACCGG